CCUAAUUUCGUUUUCUCUAACUCCUUCUUCAGCUGCCGAGUGCCGACACGGUUUCUCACUGAUUUCCUCCACCAUUGUUACACACUGAAGUAAAUCAUAUAGCAGAUCGAUAUUCAGAACGAUUAGAUUGCAUAAAACCUAACCUUAAACCUACCUUUCCAGAGUAAUUCAAUUUCUGAUGCAAAUUCAAGCCUCAGCCCUAACUCUUUCCUGUCGCCAGUCACUGCUUUAUUGCUUCCAGUUCGUUUAAAAUGCUUGCAUUGCAUCGUUAUUCUUUCACCGCAUUGUUGGAUUAAGCCUCAUAUUGAGGAAAUAUGUUUUUCGAUAAUGGUUGAAUUUAUGUUGCGAUCGAUGCCCCUUAAUCACCUCUUUGCCUCGUCUAAUUGAAGUUUUGAGUUUUGGAGUGUAAAUUGAUUUUUUUUUCUCAUAUUUUUUUUUGAAUUUUUAGGUUGUGAGUCAAGGGCGACGGAUGUGAUGAAGAAUUCUUAGUGGGGCCUCUGUUGGAAUGAGUAUAGAAUUGAAUCGGAAAUAUAUAGUAUGAAAGUGAAAAGCCGUUGGAGAAGGAAAUCCUUAAAAUAUGGAAUUGAAAGGCCGUUGUUAGAACUGUAAGUUGCAGAACUUCUCUCUUACUCGUCAACCAUUUGGACUCAUUGGAGUACUAUGGGCAUUGCAUUUUUUGCAUAAAAUACAAGGUAAUAGAACUUUGAGAUCUCUUAAAUGCUUUUGGGAGUUCGAUUAUACAAUAUAUGGCGAUGGCAGACAUCUCCAGUACUCUCUACUUCUAAUGCUUUCUACUUCAAUAGCCACUUCUCAACGUUUUCUCUUCACAAGGAACUAUAUUCCUUGGCUGAGAGUAACGAUGACACAUUUCUACCAUGGUUGGAACAAAAAGCAGAGACGAAGAUCUCGUCAGUGCUUUCUAUUGGGAAAUCUUCCAUCGGAAGGUUUCUGUUUGCUUCUGAGACUAUACGGGCGGGAGAUUGUAUUUUAAAGGUUCCUUUCAAUGUGCAAAUUUCACCUGAUAUUCUUCCUCUACCCAUUAGAGAUCUUUUAGGCAAUGAGAUUGGAAAUGUUGCCAAGCUCGCUGUUGUAAUUCUUCUUGAACAGAAACUGGGCCUGGGUUCUGAGUGGGCGCCUUACAUCAUUCGACUUCCUCAACCAUCGGAAAUGCAUAACACAAUAUUUUGGAAAGAAAGUGAGUUGGAGAUGAUUCGUAAAAGCUUUUUAUAUGAGGAAUCACUUAAUCAAAGAUCACAAAUCAAAAGGGAAUUUCGGGCAAUCAGGAAAGCUCUGGAAGCCUUUCCUGAAAUUAUUGAUAGGAUCAGUUGCGAUGAUUUCAUGCAUGCAUAUGCCCUUGUUACUUCUAGAGCAUGGAGAAGCACCGAGGGUGUCUCUCUGAUUCCAUUUGCAGAUUUUUUAAAUCACAAUAGUGCUUCAGAAGCAAUGGUACUAAAUGAUGAUGACAAACAGCUCUCUGAGGUUGUUGCUGAUCGUGAUUAUGCCCCUGGUGAACAUGUACUAAUAAGGUAUGGGAAGUAUUCAAAUGCUACGUUGAUGUUGGAUUUUGGGUUUACGCUUCCAUACAACAUUCAUGAUCAGGUUCAGGUCCAGGUUAAAACUGUUAAAGGUGAUCCUUUGGCGAGAAUAAAGCUGGAACUUUGGCGAAGAAGUUGCACACCAGGUACCGACUAUGUUAAAGGUGUUUACUCCACUGGGAAUUCUUUCACCAUCAGGGAAGUGAGAUGUGCCACAGGGAAAGGGAGAGGGCUUCCCCAAUCACUUCGUGCAUUUGCUCGUAUUUUGUCUUGCACUAAUCCUCAGGAGUUAAAUGAAUUAAGUUAUGAAGCCGUUAAUGGUGAUGGUCGAUUGGCUCGAAUUCCACUGAAGAAUGUCAAUAAAGAAGUUGAAGCACAUCGGAUUUUGCUCUCUCAAUUCAAACAAUUAGUUGAAGAGUAUAAUGCAUCUAUUGAGGCAAUAGAGCCGGUUGAUUCUCCUUGUCUGUGCAGAAAGUUGGCACGACGAAGGCUAAUGGCCCAACAUCUUCUCACCGGUGAGGUUCGCAUCCUCAAGUCUGCUAUUGCUUGGCUGGAAAAUUAUUGUGAUGCCAUUUAGAUUCACCUCUUGUAUAAAUUGGAUAGUGUGGAUCAUUUCCAAUUGCCAACAUAUCCAUGUAACUUUAGGCCUUUGGCAAUCCAUGCUUCAAUAGCACCAUGGCCUGGUAUGUAAUCUUCUUCUUUUUGAGGUUGAUUCUACUAAAUUUACUUCUCUUGAGCUUUAUUCUUUUUAGCGUGCUUUGGUUGCUAUUGCUCUCUACUGUAA